AAUAUGGUGUUUGCAUAUUACAUGUUACACAAAGAGACAUAUUAUUAUCCUAUUGCAAAUAACGGUGCAUAUUUUGAAUAAUCACAUUUUUAAUGAGAAUGAGACAAGUACUUCCUUGACUGAUAUUCAGUGUAGUUAUUCAGUUAUCAGAAGACAAACUCUAGGCAUCUCUGUGCUUAGACUUUAACAUAAAAUGGAUAGCAGUGGUGUCUGAAUAUUGCUAUAUUUUAGCUGAGUGUGCUUAAUAUAGUGAGCCUUUUGCUAUUUUAAGACACUUCUCCUUGAUUGAAGGUCCUUAAUACAUUAAGAAAUCUAUACUUCUGCCAUGGUUUUUGGCCAAGAAGGUCAUAAGAAGGAUGCAAAAGAAAUGGCUCCAAGUCACUGAUCUGAUAAUACAAAAUAUCUCAGCUGUAAAGCAGCGGUGUUGUGUUGAGAAGAUAUAUUGUUUUAUGCUGCCUGAGUAGUUAACCUUUCACCAUCCUUUUGUAAGUUGUGGCAGCAGAAAAGUGAGAAAAGGGUAACCAUCAUUUUGAACAUUAGUAAUCUUGAAUUCGAGGCGGAGAAGGGGAAUAGUGUUUUUUAAUUAACACAAAACAGAAAUGGAUAAAUUGGUAUAAUGUGGAAUUAGUCCGGCUUUUCUCGUUGUUUGUAGGGUUGCCCCCUUUUCUUGGCAAGCUUCUUGUAAAAGCUACGGUAACGUGAUGUGUGUUGUAGUGGUGGAGGACCUGUUUCAGUUCUUCACUCGGCCAUCUCUCAACCAAACCUACUUCCUAGGGGUGUUGUUGUGAGGAUAAAACGGUAGAAGGUGGGUGAGAGAGAGAACAAUGUGUGGAGCGCCCCUCGGAGAAGGGCAGGGGAUAAACUCAAUCAAUACAUUCAAAUUCCCCCAUGAGGCCGCUGCCAACUUUGCAUUAAACAACCACCACCCUGUUGCAAAGUCGGGGUCAGGAGAUGGAGAGCCUGGGGCAAGACCCCGCCGGCAGACGCCAGAAUAAAAAACUGCACACUGGAGCGUUGUAGGUGCAGGGAGACCUGCCUGUGCAUGUCCUCCUCUUCUCCCACUUCAGCCUUGGUCACCGCCAGCUGGGACCGCUGGGGUGGGCCCCCCAAGGGAGAGAUGGAACCAGCAGUCAGCCCACGAGGCCCCGUGAUUGUGACUGACGGCCGGACGGGGGCAGGAGCGGAGAGGAGCCCUCCCUGCGGCGCCUCUCUCUCUCUCUCGGGGAGCUGCUGCGGGUGGGGAGAGGCGGGCUGGUUUGAAAGGCAGGCGGUUGCCGCCGUAUCAGCCGUUCGGGCGGGCUCAAGAAGACGAGCGUCGGGCAGCCGCCGCGCCAGCGCCGCCUGCCUGAGGUGGAGACAGGGCGGACGAGCGGGCGGCUUUUCUCCCCCCUGCUGCUUCUCUUCCUCCUCCCCUUUGCUCGGUCACAAGGGCCGAAGAAACGGCCGCUACGGUAAUGGAGGAGCCGGCAGGGGGUUAACCUGAGCCGCAGGCGCUGCCCGGGGGUUGGCUCGCCACCCUCGUCUUUCUGAUCACGGCUUGUUUACUUCUCUCCUCCUGCUCCUCCCCCCCGCCCCAUGGCCUUCAUGAUGAUGAAGAAAAAGAAGUUCAAAUUCCGCGUGGAUAUGGAGCUGGAUGAGCUCUCCUCGGUGCCCUUCGUCAAUGGGAUCCUCUUCUGCAAGGUGCGGCUGCUGGACGGCGGCGGCUUCAACGGAGAGUCCUCCAGGGAAGUAGUACAGGCAAACUGUGUUCACUGGAAGAAGAGAUUCUCAUUUAUGUGUAAGAUGAGUGCAAGUGCAACUUCGGGGCUUUUGGAUCCCUGCAUUUGUAGGGUGUCUGUCCGAAAGGAAUUAAAAGGUGGGAAGGCCUAUGCAAAGCUGGGUUUUGCAGACCUCAAUCUGGCAGAGUUUGCUGGAUCAGGAAACACUACUCGUCGCUGUUUACUCGAAGGUUAUGAUACCAAAAACACAAGGCAGGACAACUCAAUUCUCAAAGUGCUGAUCAGCAUGCAGCUAAUGUCUGGAGACCCGUGCUUUAAAACGCCUCCAUCCACAGCAAUGUCUAUAUCAAUUGCCGGAGAACCAGAAUCCCUACUUGAAGACAGGAAAGGUGGAAAGAACAUAAAAGCAUCGUAUCUGAAUGCAUCAGAUCUCUCAACAAAGAGUACCUCUGUCUCCGAUGAGCUUGGAGCAUGUGGGCAUUCUAGGACCUCCAGCUAUGCAAGCCAGCAGUCAAAAGUGUCAGGGUAUAGUACAUGCCACUCCAGAUCGUCCAGUACCUCUGACCUCUGCCACAAGAGAAAUACCUCUGUGGGAAGCACAUCAACUGGUAUAGGUAGUAUUCUUGAACCAUGUGAAGAGACUGAAUCCAAAAGAACAGAGGACGAUUUGGAGGUGUCUGCAAAAGAUGCAGCCUCAGAAAAAAUUAGCAGGCACCCUGUGAAACAGGAUUCUGUGGAAUCACAGCUAAAGAGGGUUGAUGCCACCAGAGUAGAUGCAGAUGAUAUUGUUGAAAAAAUACUGCAGAGUCAAGACUUCAGUUUAGACUCAAGUACAGAAGAGGAAGGUCUGAGACUCUUUGUGGGUCCUGGAGGGAGUACUGCCUUUGGAAGUCAUCACUUACCUAAUAGAGUGGGAUCUGGUGCAUAUGAACAAGUAGUGAUUAAACGCUAGAAGAACUGGACAAAGAGGAAAGAAUUCUGUACUCUGUAGCAAAUAUGGUCGAAGAUGGGCUCUUCCAAAAUGCCAAUCUGCAUUGGUCUGAGUUGCCAGUUUGUGGAUUUCUCAUACCGAAAAAGCUCUCUUCUGUACCUAAUAUGGCAUAAGGGCAGUUUUUGCCUUUUAGUACUUUGUCAGCCAUUGUGAACAUUACCCAGUGUUGGUGGAUUUGUUGCACUGUCCUGUAAUUGUUAAUCUAAUCACUUUUUUUGGCAAUAGGGCAAAUGGUAUCUAAGUGAACAUAAUAUGUCGAAAUUGUUAGUUUGUGGAAAUGUAUUCCGUACAGUGCUCUAACUUGCAACUUGGCUUUUUAAAAAGUCCUUAGAAGCAUAAUCUCUUUCAAUCCUUUUCUUACAGUGAUAAGACCCUUUUAAUAUUGGCUAAUUAUCAUACACAAAUAAUACAUAUAAAAUGGGAAUUGCUGCUUUGAGGAAGUGAGCAAGCCUGCUGUGCUUUGAAAAAAAUAAGACUAAAUAUGCUACAAAUGUGCACACUUUAAAGCUGAGUCGCAUGUGAGAACAUGUAGCUUAUCACUUAAAAAUAAGUUACUAACUCGGCUAGAUGUAAUAGGCUAUAUGCAUAUAUUGAAUUAAUGGUUACAGUAAAGCACUCUGUGCCCUUGAGGAGACACAUGUGCCUAUAGAAUAAUUAUCUUUGAAUACUAAGAGUGAUAUUUGAUCUAUACCAAAAACAAACAAAACUACAUUGGGAAAUGUUCAAAAACUUUGACCUGGUUAGAUGAUGAUCUGUGAUAAAAUGUUUGGUUGCAUACAAGUAGUAUGCAUAGUUCAUAGACUACUUCGUUAACACUGAAAGAGUGCCUUGUUCCCAAGGAAAGAGAGUUCUGAACUAUCUUCUUAUAAAGCUUUAAGAACAACCAAUAAACAGCAAACUGAACUGCUUUCAGCUCAACUUAUCAAGAGAAGCACUUUAUAUAGCACUUCUCUUCACCCCAUCUGAAAAUCAGACUCUUAUUUCAUUAGACAGCUGUCUCACUCAGUUUGAAUGGGAUGCAGACAUGGAUAAAUAGCCCACCUGAGUAGUUGCUCCCCAGAGUUAGCAUCAUGUUUGAAAGGUAUCUGCUCUGUUUUGCUUACAUAUGUGCAUUGCUUUUUGCAAGAACCAUACAUGAUACAGAUAUAGACAAGUCCAUAGGGUAAGCACCUUAAUGCAGUGCCAGCUGUGUAGAAUGCCGACACAGAAUGCCCAAAGCUGCAUCUCAUUUCAGUUUGGUUAAUUAUUUCAUUGGCCAAUAUCCUAACAAAUUGAGCGCAUCGGUAGGCUCUGUGGGAACAACAGGGGCCCGUGCCACAACUUCACCAGUCCUCUGUAAACCCUGAUGAGCCGGGCGGAGACAAAAUGUCCUGCGCUCCAGAGGCAUUCUGCAAGAGAUAUUCUGGGGCGCAGGCAGAGUUGGGAAGCUUUGCCCUCCUGGUUCAACAGAUCACACAGCAGGCUGGGGAAGCUGUGCAUGAGCCCCCGUUGCAUUCAUACAGAGCCUUUGGACAUGUGUGCUUUGUUAGGAUGUUGGCCACUUAACAGUUGCUAGUUAUUGAGUUCAGUGGAACUUGCACGGAAAGUGUUUCUGGUAGAAAUGUGUCUAGCACGUAUUCAUUUGAAUAUGUGCCUGUGCAUCUGCUUCAAAGUGGAAAUCUAAUUUUUUGUUUUAACAAACCAUUUUAUAGCUUAAGCUACCCACUUUAUUUUUAUAAAGAGAUUUUUUAAGGUUUGAGUGAACAUUGUCAGCAACUUGAGCGUAUCACAUAUUAAGUCUGCCUCGGAUGUUAUAAAGUUUAGUUACUAGAAUUGGUCAAAAUAUUUCAAAAUAACAUUGAAUGUGUUACUUAUAAACUAUUUUUGGACUUGGUCUGUGUAGAACAUUGCAUGUUCUUACUGGUUCCCUGGAAUUUUUCAAUGUUCUCUUUCUUUCUGAGGAGAUAUAAUGGAAGGUGUAGUUCUUUAGUUAAAUGAAGAAAAGGGGGAGGGGUUGGGUGAAAUAUUUAGUUGUAUAAAUGUAGUUAUAUAGUUGAACUUAUUUUAUUUGUUUAAAUCAUGUAUGUGAACUGUUGAAAUUAGAACAGUUCAUGUAUGUGGACUGUUGAAAUUAGAACUAUUUCUUUAUUAUGAUACCCAGAAACAAUUGCUUUACAAAGCAUUUUAAGUGUGAAAUGUUCUAAUUAAGUUUAAAAUGUAAUUAUUUUAAGCUGCUGUUAAUGCAAAGUGAAUGCACAACCAAGUUUGGUUUUGAAGUGUCCAUUGAUCUAGGUGAAGUUGAGCUUGCCAUAAGUAUGUUUAAACUAAAAGGAUCACUAGAAUAGUAUUUAUUGAAGAAAGUACCUAGUCCAGUGGUUCUUAAUUUUGGGUCCACCAGAUGUUGAACUACAACUGCUAGCAUCCCCAGCUACAAUUUGUGGCUGGGGAUGCUGGGAGUUGUAGUUCAGCAACAUCUGGCGGACACCAUGUUAAGAACCACUGUCCUAGUCAAUGCUAGGAGGUGGCUGACUUGGAGAUUAACAAGUUGGCAUCGGGAGAGAAAUGCAAGGGAUAAAACUAAUUUAAGAUCAUUUUACUCAGUAUAAAAGUCAUGUUACAUGUAAAGGAAAACUAAUCACCUACAAUUUAGUACAACUAGCUAAUCUAUAUUUGGUUUCUGUUCAGGUGCAAUGUUGGUCAAGCCCCAUUAAAAUAUCCUCCUCUUCUAACACAGAGCUUACAGGAAAGAAAUUUCUCUUACACACAUUGCAUCUUUACAAAUUUUUAAAAAUCCACAUGCAAGUUCAUAUAACUAGUGAAAUGCUUGAACAAAUAUCAUGCACUUUUGGCAAUUGAACCAUUUUCAGGAAGUGAUUCGGUUUGUGUCUAAGACACGGAAAAUGACCUUCAUAUUUAUAUAUAGCAUUUUUGUGUAAACUUUAUAGUGAUAUUUAAAACUGCUAACACUUUUUAGCAAAUUGAAACUUUUUUUACCAUAAAUACUUAUGUCCAAUAAGUUGUCUUAAAUUCAAUAAAAGUUCUGCCUUCAAGCUCCA